AUGGCUAUUGAAAAUAUGAUUGGAAAGUGGUUAUCUGGAAGCGGUUGGACCGAAUUAUUUUUCAAGACUGAAAUCGCAAGUUCUGGACGUAGUGAAACGUUGCUUAAGUCUUCACAUGUUAAAAGAACUAGAUACGCUCAUGAAGUUAGUAUUGCAGCACUUUACAUUCUAAGAAACAACGCAUAUAGAGAUAACCAAAAAACGGCAGUGGAGUCUCUGGAAACAUGGGUGGCUCGAAGAUGCAAAGAAUCUGCUCAGUUUUUAUUUUGGCAGACGACCAUAAUUUUGGAGGGCAUAUUACUUAACUUUGUUCGUAGCAUACGUACUUCUGAUUUCUGUUUAUUUGUCCAAAUGCUCGAAGAGCUUUGUCCUUGGUUGUUUGCUUUAGAUCUUAUUCAUUAUUCACGAUGGCUUCCUGUUUUCAUAAAAGGGCUCAAAGAACUACCAGUGCGACACCCGCAAGUUUAUGAAGCAUUCCAGAAAGGUCAUUUCACAAGUAGAAAAACUAAUGCUGAUUUCUCCGCAAUUUCCGAUGAUCAAUUGCAUGAACAAAAUAACAAACUAAUAAAAGGAUGUAGUGGAGCUAUCAACAAUUUGCAUAAUAAUGAUGCUCUUCUUAAAUGGAUGGUGGCCGGUCCGGAAAUCUCACGAAUGAUACAUGAUUAUGACCAGAUUCCAGUGCACAAUUUGUCUAAUAAAGUUCCAAAUCGGUGUCAUCAUGAAUGUUCAGCAAGCUUUCAAUCUCGAUAUAUUAGUCAUGUUUCAAAAAUGGUUAAAUAUAUGCAGGAAGACGGCAAUCCAUUUUCUGAACAACUUUUGCAAACUAUCGACAACCAAAAAAUUUUAAUGUCUCAAUCUGCAGAGAACUCCGUUAGACAAGCGGAACAAAAAGGAAUCAAGCAAUAUGAAAAUUUUGUAAAAGAACGUUUAAUUUUCGGUCAAAAAUCUUUUUAUGAUUCAUUGUCUAAAAACAAUUUGGAACUAUUUCAUGGCCCUAAAAAGACAUACACAAUGAGAACACUUGGUAGAAAUUCCAAUUACGAUCGCAUCUUAGUUAGUAGGUGUGGCAGGUUCGGAAGGAAUACACACGGGGCUGUCUGGCUCUCCUAUCAUCCAAUACUUCUUAUCAACUGCUGCUGA